UUAAUUUUAUUAUACACACAAAAAUCCCCUGUUGACAAUGUUACAUGUACAGUACCAAAAAGAAUGAUGAAAUUAUGAUUGGAUAUUAGGAGUUAAGGAAGGGGGUGAUAAAUAAAGGAAAUUAUUCAAUUAAGCGUACUUUACAUAAAAAGUUAUGACUAAUUUACUGAGAAAACUAUUUAGAAAAAAACACCCACACAAGGAACAAAACAACUUGAACCAGCCGAUAAAUCACAUAUCAUUCAAUAAUCAUGAAAGUCCGGAAAAUUCGUUUUUAAUUGAUUUAGAAAACCCUCAGCAUGUUUAUUACAAAGAAAAACCUUAUGAAAAGAUCUCAAUCUUCGACCAAUCGAGAACCAAUGAACACCUGAAUAUAUCACAAAAAACACCAUGGGAACCUAUCGUGGAACAAAGUAUUGCACCUCGAAAAACAAGCAUGGCAUUAACAAAACCCCAAGUGUUUACAUGGAAAAAUAAAGAUGCGUACGUAUACAGAAUAGACUCUACGCACUCACCAGUUGAAAAUCCUGAUUUAGAAUUUGUGAUUUACAUCCCAAUCGAUACUGCGGUAACAUGGCUUAACUCUAUGGAUAAAACCCCAGAGUAUAUGUCGAAGCAUUCCAUCAACACAAAGCUUGAAGAAGAAGGUAUGAUUAUGAAACCAGAAAAAAUACACGGAGCAGAAGAGGAUAAUCACAGCCGCAGGUGCACGCUGCUCAGGUGGCAAAAUAAGUCGAAGAGUAACUCAGACUCUUCAGACACAGACGAUGAAGAUGAUGAAAAGGAUGAAGACGAUGAAGAUGAUGAAGAUGAUGAAGACAAGAAGGAUGAGAAAGACAAAAAGGACGCAAAAGACAAAAAAGAGAAAGGGAAAGAAUCCAAAAAAGACAAUGUUCCAAAAGCAAGUAAACUUAAGGAGAAAAAAGUGAGAGGGCCGAAGAAGAAAGUAAAGAAAGCAAGGAGAGUGUAUACAACGUAUGAAGUCGAUGAAGAUGAAAUCAGCUUAGGUCGGCUCAGGCCGCAAGAAACCCCAAGACAACCAGUGAAAAUAGUGGGGAAAAACGAUUUAUCUGAUGUAUGAGUUCAAACAAAUGGCCGGCCCAGUUUCAUCUCUAAAACUUGUUCUGCAACAACCUAGCAGAUCCUGAGAAAGUCUACAGAAAUAUACUUAUUUUCUAAUUAAUACUUUUAUUUAUUACAACUACAACUAAAAUCCUGGACACAUAUUACAUGUUAGAAAAGGACUCCAGGACACAAGAAAAAACUCAUAUUUGUCUGUUUGUAGGCCUACCUUGUUUACAGACUAUGUAAGACAGUGGAACUUUAAUAAUUCUAUCACUAAAAGAGCAGAAAAGCUAUGUGAUUUAUUCAGGAAUUAAAAUAGGUAAGUCUAGUA